UUUUUUGUUGAAUAUAAAAAGAAGAUCAGAAAACUGAAAGAAACUGAAACUGAGCUAAAAAACAUUAAACUGAAACUGGACAGCACGUCUAAAUCACUGCAGCAUAAAGACCAACAGCUGGAGGAUUAUAAAAGACAAAUAGAGAAUAAAGAAAAAAAAAUGAGAAACAGAGAGAAAAUCAUAGAGGAGAAAGACGCACAACUGGAGAAUAUUAACAAACUGCUAAGUGAGAAAGAAACAGAGCUGAAGAACACAGGUAAAAAGCUGGAAACCAGUAAAAACAAACUGGAGACACUGGGACAGGAGCUGCAGGACAAGAAGAGACAACUACAGAAGACGAUAAUUGUACUAGAGCAACAAAAAAACGAUUUAGCAGAAAAAACCAAACAGCUUGAAGAGACAGAGAGACGUCUAACUGAGAGAGAGACACAGCUAAUGGAGAGAGACAAACAGCUUCAGGAGAAAGACAGACUUCUAGAGGAGAAAACAAAGCAGCUGCAGGAACAGACAGAUCCAGAAUCAUCAGCCACCAUCAGGAGAAGAAACAGCAAGGACACCUUACAUCCACAUAUAAGUGGAGAGACUCAGGACUCAGCAGCACCAAUCAGGAGAAAAAACAGUAUGGAGGGACGUCGUCCUGAAUUGGGUGGAGAAUCAUCUAGUGCACAUUCUCCAGUGUCGGUUCCUGUAGCAGAACUGAGGCUGGUGCUGCUGGGGAGGACGGGGUCUGGGAAGAGUGCAGCAGGAAACACCAUCCUGAGCAGAAAGGAGAGGAACCAGGCUGCUACAUCUACAGCUACAUCUACAUCCACCCAGCAGAGUGAGAGCACACAGGGUAAGGUGGCUGGGAGGAAGGUGACUGUGAUGGACACUCCUGACUGGUUCUCUCCUGGACUCUCUCUGGAGAAGCUGAGACAGGAUGUGGGACUCUGUGUCCAUCUGUCUGCUCCAGGACCCCAUGCCUUCCUCCUGGUCAUACCUGUAAAGCAGCUUACAGGAGAGGAGAGAGGGAUGCUGGAGAAAAUGGAGGAGAUAUUUGGAGAGAGAUGUUGGAGAAACACCAUGAUCAUAUUCAGUGUCACUGAUGAACUUCAGAAGAAGAACAUUGAGGAGUUUAUCCAGUCAGGAGACCAGGAGGUCCAGAGGCUAGUGGAGAAAUGUGGGAACAGGUUUCACUGUCUCAACAUUAAGGAGAGUGGAGAUGGUUCUCAGGUCUUAGAGCUGCUGGAGAAGAUAGAGAAGAUGGUGGAAGGAAGCAGAGAGAAAUUCUACAGCAGUGAGAUCUACCUGGAGACAGAAUCUCAGAUUAGAGCGAUAGAGACUAAGAUUCUAAAGGAAGGAGGAGAGAUAAGGAUGAAAGUAGAAAUAGAAGUAAAGGAGAAAAUAAUUAAUGAGGUGCAGGACUCUCUGAGAAAAAUGGAAGGAAUAAUCCUGGAACAUGAAGGACACAUCAGACAACUGAAUGACCGAACAACUGAACUGGAGAGAAAGAUGAAAGAAGAGAGAGAUGAAGAGAAAAAGAGAGAACUUAAGAGGGAGUUAAAACGAGAGGUAGAGCGAAGGGCAGAAAUGGAAGAAAAGGUGAAGAAACUAAAAGAAAAGAGAGAGAGGGAGAGGAGAGAGAUGGAGGAGAGGCACCAACAGGACAUCAGGGAGGUGUAUGAAGGAGAGGUCAAGAUUGAGACAGAGAGAAACCUCAUGAAGAUCAUCCUGCCUGAACUCCAGAGAAACAUUUUGGCCUCAAAAACAAAGAUGCGGGAAGAGUUCAGCAGACAGAUGGAGGAGAAGAACAGAGAGCUGGAGACUCUUAAACAGAAACUUUUUAAGGUCACAGAAUCACACAGUCUGCUGAGUGAAGCAUACCGUAUAACUGUGUUGAGCUUACCGGAAACAAAAGAGUGACUUUAGUAAAUAUGAGGCAAAGAAAAUAGGACUUUCUAUUAGACUGGGGUACAUGGAUCCUGACCCUGUUAGUACAAUGGAAGUAUUUUUGCCUGUCUUGGGAAAAAAAAAAAAAAGCUUGGUUGAAUUCCUCAACAUGAAACCCAGGCACAGGGGUGCACAGUACAGUGUACUUUCAGGUCCCAAGGCUAGAAAUAAUGUAAGGAGAGUAGGAAAUGCAUUUUCCAAAAACCUCUGUCAAUACAAAUAUGUAGAUCUGUUGUGGCCCCUAACAGGAGCAGCUAAAAAAGAAGAGCAAGAGUGUAAAUAGACCCUGACUUUAUACCAUGUGAUAUACCUCACUGGCUAGUUCACAUUAAUUUGUAUAUUUCUGUUAAAUUAACUUCUGCUAAAACUCUCAUCUAAAACUAACUGUUCUAUAAAUAUUUAAUGUCACAGUGCAGGAGAAUUCUCUGUUCUGAUUGUUCAGAAAAUGUGUUUUUUGACUGCAGCGCUGAUCAUUGUUUAUAUUUUUACUGUAAUAUUUUUGUU